AUGAUGCACACUCCACCGGCGCAGUCUGAAGCCCUUGAAGAGAUCGAGCUCGGUUUACGACAGUACGGCUACCCCGCGCUGGCACGAUGGAUGGCCAAGGAUCCGGACAGCGAGACGUUCAUUUACCGCAAAUUCGACCAACUAAGCGCUCGGAACCUGCUCUUCCUACAAUGUCAAUUAAUUGAGCUAGAGGAAAAGCUGAAAAAGCUUGACGUCGAGAUACGUUGCAGCAGAGAACCUGACCUGAUAAAGUCGCAAGUGAGAUGGGAGACUUUUGUGGAGAAAUCGGAGGAAGAGGAUGGCCCAGUAAGAAGGGUAAUGGAAGUUCAGGUGGAAGUUCAGGUGGAAGUUCAGAAGAAACUAAAGGAAUACCAUAAAGCACUAUUACUACAAUCGCAAAUAGCCGCACUCGAUAGGCCACGAGCAAAUGCACUCUCAGCAUUACGCAAAUGGUUCUGCUUCCCAAGUACUAGUGUUGGGUCGACCGGACAGCAGUACCAAACUAGAAUCCUCGGAAAAGCCCAGACGGUGUUUGAAAACGAACAAGAUCUAGCAGCACUUCGGACACCAGCGGAUAAAGACCCAUUCUCAAGAUUUCUGCAGGACCACUGGGGCCGGCUCGGAAAGAACAACCGGACAUCAAUCGACGGGGCCGAGUAUUUCCAGGAACAAGCUGUUGCUCGCGUCGUCGCUUUCGUGAGCUCCGCAGUGGCCGCAAUCCUGCUCAUUGGAGCCAUAACAUCCCUCUAUUUCAUCUCCAGCCCCGGUGCCAGGCUCGGAACGGUCGCUUGCUUUACGAUCUUCUUUGCGCUUAGCCUUAGUCUUUUUACGAAUGCUAAGCGGGCCGAAAUCUUCGCGGCAACGGCAGCAUACGCUGCUGUGCUAGUCGUCUUCGUCUCGGGCAACCUUGGGGGUUUAGGGAGUGCGCUAUGA